UAUAAUGAAGCAAGGAUUUUACAUAGCUUAUGAUUGGUUCAUUAGCUUUAGCCAAUCAUGUCCUACGUUAGAGAAGCAUCGACGGACUUGCGUCAUAGCGCCGACAACGUGCAAUACAAAAUGGAGGAGUAUGCCAGAGAACCGUGCCCGUAUCGCAUCGUCGAUGACUGUGGGGGUGCGUUUGCAAUGGGGGCUAUCGGUGGUGGUAUAUUUUCCUUGGUGAAAGGUUGGCGAAAUUCGCCUGUGGGUCACAGAUUUUAUGGAAGUAUAGCAGCCGUCAAGACAAGAGCUCCUGUUCUCGGAGGGAAUUUCGCAGUCUGGGGUGGUUUGUUUUCAACGUUUGAUUGCUGUUUAAUGGGGCUGAGAGGUAAAGAAGAUCCGUGGAAUUCUAUUGGUAGUGGAGCCAUUACUGGAGCUGUCUUGGCAGCCAGAGGGGGUCCAUCAGCAGCGAUGAGAUCGGCUGCAAUUGGUGCUGUAUUGUUAGCACUGAUUGAAGGUGUUGGUAUUUGCAUCACAAGAAUGACUGCCGAACAAUUUAAGCCAGUCAUGCCACAACCUCCAGACCCUGUGCAGCUUCCUCCCAAACCCAUCGUCCCACCCAAACCGGUACAGUCUUCAUCUGAAUUUGAGCAGCAACCACAGUUUCAAUAAAGCAAAGCACAACCUUCAAUGCAAGACUUUGGUAUAAAGGAAUCAAAAUUUAAACCAUUUGUUUGCACCAAGAAAGUAGUGCUUGUUGGACAAUUAUUAUUGCCUACAUGGUGGUUUCUUGUUAAACUAGCAAAGUGAUGAGUGAGGUCACUCAAGAAAUGGUCAAAUAAAGAUGGACCAAGGAUAACUUCCAUGGUGUAUAUACGCAUAAAUUUCAAGUGUACAUACUGUAAUGGUGAACUACAAAAUCUGGACACUCAAGGCUAUUUUAUAAACAAAAUGUUUUAAUUAUAAAUAUAAACAACACCCUUUCCUGUAUACAAUGAAUUAUUCGGGUUUGACAGUUCUAUAUACAUGUAGUCAAGAAUAGAAUAGUUGUAUUGGUUAGUUCUAUUUCUUGGGUAACAGAGUAAUGAUUAAAAUAUUGGACAUUGUA